AAAAGGUGUCUCUGCUAUGUGGAACCACAAAAUCUCACAGGUACCUUGGAAUUCUUCCUUCUGGGGUUCUCAGCUCAUCCAGAACUUCAGCCUCUAACUUUCAGCCUCUUCCUGUCCAUGUACCUGGUGACCAUGCUGGGGAACCUGCUCAUCAUCCUGACCAUUGCCUCUGACUCUCACCUCCACACUCCCAUGUACUUCUUCCUCUCCAUCCUGUCUAUGGCUGACAUUGGCUUUACUUCUACCACCAUGCCAAAGGUGAUUUGGGACAUUCAAACUCACAGCAGAGUCAUUUCCUAUGCUGGCUGCCUGAUUCAAUUGUCUUCUUUUUAUUUUUUUGGGUGUUUGGACAGUGUACUCCUAUCUGUGAUGGCCUAUGAUCGGUUUGUAGCUAUUUGUUAUCCCCUGCACUACCCAGUCAUCAUGAACCCUCGCCUCUGUAGCCUGUUGGUUCUGGUGUCUUUUUUGAUCAGCCUUUUUGACUCCCAACUGCACUGCUUGAUGAUAUCACAGCUUUCCUUUUGCACAAAUACAGAAAUUCCUCAUUUUUUCUGUGACCCUCCACAACUCCUCAACCUUGCUUGUAAUGAUAACUCUACCAAUACAAUAUUAGUCUAUUUUAUUGGUGCCAUCUUUGGUAGUAUUCUAGUCUCAGGGAUCUUUUUCUCUUACUGUAAAAUUCUUUCCUCUAUUCUGAGAGUCCCAUCAUCAAGGGGGAAGUAUAAGGCCUUCUCCACCUGUGGCUCCCACCUGUCAGUUGUUUGUUUAUUUUAUGGAACAGGGCUUGGCAUGUACCUCAGUUCUGCUGUCUCACAUUCUUUCAGAAGGGGUGCAGAGGCCUCUGUGGUGUAUGCUGUGGUCACCCCCAUGCUGAAUCCUUUCAUAUACAGUCUGAGGAACAAGGAUAUCAAGAGGGCCAUGUGGAGGCUCCUCAGCAGAACAACCUAGUCUCAGUACUUGGGCCAUUGUGGGUUUUUUGUCUGUGGAUUGGAAAUGACUGCAAACCCAACAUCUGGAAUUGGCAAACAUACCUCUUUGAUUAUACGAUUUUUGUAGCUCAUGGUUUUCAUUCCUCUUUAUCUAUUGUAUCUGAAAAGUGCUUAUUUUGACACAUCUUUAAUGGGAUUAAAGGAGUAUUCUGGGAUCCUAAGUAUGUCAGAAAUCACCUCACAAUUGAAUACUAUUACAACUAUGGAAUCUUCUGUAUUUGUUGUCUAAGAUCCAGGCAUCCUGUAAAAAUUCACAACUCCCUAUUAAUGUGUAUGUAUAUGUAUAUAUGAUUCUCAACCAUUUUCACUGUCCAUGUCUAUUUUUUCAUAAAACUUUGUCUUCAAACGAAUGUAUUAGUGCAGGUUGUGAUUAGUGCAGGUCACUGAGCCACAAUUUAGACUUCCUAUUGGAAGCAUCAGAUGAGCUUUAAAAAUCUUCAUGCCUCAGUUCCAUCACCAUACAGGAAGAUUUAAUUGGAUUGGAGAGUGAAAAGAGCAUAAUGAUUUUUAAAAUUAUUUUAUUGUUGUUCAAGU